GGAACCCACACAGAAAGGCCGUCUACAGCUUGCCAACAAGCUUGCAACAUGGAGGAACUCACCACCACUAUGGUCCUGUCUAACAUCUCAUCUUCUCCAGGACAUCUAUCUCAUGCUUCCUUGGAUUCCAAUGGACUGGUACCUGCUCUGGUGCUGUCACUCUGCCUCUUGGUGGGAAUACCUGGAAACAUUGCAGUGAUCAUUCUCAGGCCGAACUGGGGGCACCUCUCUGGUCUUAGCCAGAGUUUGAUGCUAAAUCUGACCGUGUCAGACCUGCUCUGUCUGCUGACCCUUCCACUGUGGAUUUAUGUUUUACUCUAUGGUUGGACCUUUGGCCUGGUGGCCUGUAAGUUCCUGGUGUUCCUGGUGUACUGCAGCGUUUAUGGCAGCCAGCUGACUGUGACUGGGCUGAGUGUCCAGCGCUACUUACUGGUGGUGCACCAGCACAGGCGCUUACAUCAAGUAAGAAUCAGAAUGCUACUGGUUCUGCUCUGGCUGUUAGCAAUGUUGCUAUCCAUCCCUGCCUUGGUGGUUCGACAGCUGACCACAGAUCAGCAACUAACACGAUGCCAGCCUCGGUACUCCUCUGAGGUCCAGAAUGUGGCUGUCCUGCUGACAGAGACCCUAGUAGGGUUUGUUUCUUUGAGUCUUGUGAUAUUUUCAUACAUUCAACUACACAAGAAGGUAAACCAAACAGCCUUUUUCAACAACCCUCAAACAACCAGACUUGUUACCAGUAUCAUUGUGACCUUUUUUGUUCUGUGGGUUCCUUAUCAUAUCACUAACUUGUUGGGUGUGGCAGCUAUUUCUCUCAAGAACAAGGAACUCUUAAAGUUUUGCACUGCUUCGUGGAACAUUGUUGGAUCACUAACCUUCGUGAAUAGUUGCCUGAAUCCACUCCUCUAUGCCUUUACUUCUCACAACAUUUGCAACAUCUGCCAAAAAACCCAACCACUGAGGCCAAAUGUUGAAAUUCCCCAAACUCAAGAUAUCUCGGCAGCUUCAGAGCCUUGAUAAUAACACACAGAUAAUUCAUAUUUGCAUAAUGGGACAGGGAAAAGGAUUUUCAGUCAAAAUAUUUUAUCUCCCCUACUGAGACAUGAAGGGUGGAGCUCAAUUCAUUACAUCAAGCUGUAAUGAUUCAUUUUCAAAUAAAGCAACAUUUAAUGUCAAAUCAACAACAUGCUAAAUGUAAUAUAUCUUAAAAUUAAUUUGUUACAACAUAAAUUUGUUUUGAAAAAGUAAUUGGGAAAGAGGGUCAGACAGUGGGGAAUGACCAGCUGCACCGAGGAGCUAUAACUUCUGUACACGGGACAGCUGUUCAACCAGUUGAUGUUAAUGCCACCCUGACUUUCAAAUUCCACCAGAAUACAUUUUAUUUGUAACUGUAAUGUAACUUUCUGCCACGCAACCUUUGGACAAUCUGUUAUGGCCACCACACAGUGGAAUUCACUAACAGACGACAUGAAGACCUGCAGCUCCAUAAACUGUUUAAAUCUCAAAUGAAAAUGUUUUAGAAAAGCACUCAAAUCUGUAACCACUGACUUAAAUCAUUUUAAAUUUAAUUUUUUUGUUUUUUUAAUAGUGCUUACAAAUUGUAUGUUUGUGUUGGGGGGA